GACAGAGACAGGCAAAGGCAGCUGGCAGGAGGAAGGAAAUCAAGGGUCUCUCUCAGACUGUACCUUUCAGAGAAAUAGCCUUUGCCACUAUUUUGAGUGCUGGACACAAGGACGAAAAAAUUAACAGUGUAUCCCUCAAGUGAUGCCUCAAGUUGCUCAAAGAACAGGCUGGCAAGUGAUCCUCAUUUUCACUUGCAUUUCCAUUUGUGUACCCAUCCCAUUAUUGGAUGAACGGGACUUACUAUUAGAAAAGGAGAAUGCCCGUCGUAUAGGUGGCAACCUUGUGCUAGGAAAAUUGGAAGAGCGCGUGAACAAGAAGCUCAUGAACCUCAAAGAGAUGGAAGUGGCUAAAGCGAAGCAGACAGGGCUGUUUCCACCCAGCAUGCAUUUCUUCAAGGCCAAAGUCCUCAUUGAUCAAAGUGCUGUGUUCAGCAUCUUAAAAGAGAUGCCAAAAGGUGGUGUAUUACACCUGCAUGACUAUGCUAUCCUUAGUGUUGACUGGCUGGUGUACAAUGCCAGUUACCUGCCUGACUGUUACAUCUGCUUCUGCCCUUUGUGGACUGUCCAGUUCAAGUUCUCCAGGCCUUUUCCUCCCAAGGAUGCUCCUCCUGAUUGCUCUAAGUGGGUGUUGCUAGAGACCUACCGCAAGAAUUUGAACAAUGUGACUCAAUUUGAUAACAGUUUGCUGAAGAACCUAACACUAGUAACGGAUGCUCCAGAGGUGACCUAUUCUACUCAGGCUUUCAUCUGGAAGAGAUUUGAAAACGCCUUCAUCACAGCUUCAGGCCUUAUCAACUAUGCACCUGUGUUCAAGGCCUAUUUCUAUCAGGGGCUGUUGGAGCUCUAUGAAGAUAAUGUACAAUAUGUUGAGAUAAGGGUUAUGCUGCCACCGGUAUACGAGUUGGAUGGAACCAUGCAUGACAAAUCCUGGUCUGUAGCAGCUUACAAAGAUGUAGCCAGACAGUUUGUAAAGGACCACCCUGAUUUUGUGGGUGCAAAGGUUAUAUACACAACUCACAGGAAGCAGAAGGUCCCCCAGAUUAAAGAAGCUGUCCGCACAGCAAAGGCACUCAGAGCUGAAUUUCCAGACACCAUGGCAGGGUUUGAUUUGGUUGGCUGGGAAGAUGGAGGAUACUCUCUCUGGGAGCUGAAGGAUGCCUUGAUCUUUCCGCAACCUCUAAAAGAUAAAUUGCCAUACUUCUUUCAUGCUGGUGAGACUGACUGGGAAGGCACCCCUACAGAUAUAAAUGUCUUGGAUGCUCUGCUGUUGAACACCAGCCGGAUUGGCCAUGGAUUUGCCCUUGCGAAACAUCCAGCAGCUAGGGAGUUGGCUUUAAAGAUGGAUAUUCCUAUAGAAAUCUGCCCUGUUUCUAACCAGGUCCUGAUGUUAGUAUCAGAUCUGAGAAACCAUCCUGCUGCAUUUCUGAUGUCAGAGGGUCAAAGGAUUGUGGUUGCCUCUGACGAUCCGGCGAUCUUUGGAGCAAAGGGAGUGUCGUAUGACUUCUAUGAGGUGUUUAUGGGCAUUGGAGGAAUGAGCGCUGAUCUGAGGACUCUGAAACAACUGGCACUAAACUCUCUUCAAUACAGCAGCAUGCUACCCACGGAGAGAGAAAAGGCUCUGCAGAUCUGGCAAACAAAGUGGGACCAGUUCAUAGCUCGGGUCUCUGACAUUAGUCCAGGGAGCUCUUAAGAAAGAAGAGGCUGCUCUUUCUUAAGGCUGCAGCAAGCUGGAGUUAGAGGCACAGCAGGAAUCUUUUGCCUUCUCCCUGGUACUUUGAUCAGAUGAUUGCUAAGUGCAAUAUACAGUUGUCUUGUCCUUUGUCCAUUUCAGUUCCUGAGCAAAGAGUUCUUUUAAUUAUGUUGCCAAUGAUGAAAAUGACUGAAGACAAAAUGCACUCCUUAAAAGGAGGAAUUAAAUGUGUGUGAACUCCAUUAACUGUUGCGGUCCUGAUCCCUUCUCCUUAUUUGUGGAUACUUAGCACAGAUAAGGUCUUUUAGCCCUGGGUACUCACUCUGUCUGUGGCUAUAUUUCUUUAUAAAAUGUGCCUUAACAGCUUGGAGGAGAGACAAAUGCUUCCUUCUCAAGCUAGAAAGCUACAGGGUUGUGUGCUUUCCACAAUUUACCAGGCAUGUGCAGAAUUAGGUACUGGGUUACUAUGUUUGGAAUCCUAAAGAUCUCGAGUUUCAUUUCAAAAGGCAAAUUUCUAGCCUGAUCUAUACAAGAUCAGUUCUGGUGGCCUGAUGUUGUAUAGAUUUAGGUGCAGAAACUCAUUGAAAUCGAGAGGCUUAGUAGGUGCACCACAGAAUCACGCUGGAAUUGUGAUGUCAAAAUCUAAAGAAUUGUGAACUGAGCUGUCAUCUGAUUAAAGUCUUCCUAGUCAAUUA